GGUAUAAUCCACCCGCUGGUUUGUUUUGUAAACACCGCUUCUCAUAGAGAGAAUCGGUGAUCACUGCAGAGAAAGCUGGCUUUGUUAGGGUCUAGUCGUGGUGUGGUGCCACUCUGUCGCUCUAUCCGUCUGGUAUCGUCGCUCAUCCGAGUUUCCAGAAUCCCUACUUUCUCAACACACAAUUGUCUACCUUGUGGCUCGAAAGAAAGGCCAAAGGUCCCUAUUUCUAGUGAACAUCUCGUCAGAGCCUUUUCCAACUCAUCAGAAAUGGCUCAGGCUAGCCAAGCCCUGCCGACCGUGCUGGCAUCCGUCAGCGACCUAAACUCCACGGACUACGACGGCAUCGUGCUGGUGACCCAUUCACUGGACACUCUCGCCGAGUCGCCCGCCCUGGCAUGCCUGCGGGAGCCGAUCGCCGAGGCCAGGGAGAUUGAUCAUGCCGUCGGCAAGGAGCCCGUCGUUAUUGCCGUUCCAAAUGUGCACUGCCGUCGAAUGGUUUACUCUCCCACCGGGCCAGUGGAUCGGGAUUACGAUGAUGUACGCCGCUACUCAGAUGCUGCGGUCGCUGGAAUCAAGCGAGCUCUGCUGGCUGGAUUCCGUGCACCACUGCUAGUUGUUCCCAUUGGCUACCCAUUCGCCCAGGCGUUUGUCGUGUCCGUCCUUGGUGCACUACAGGCAUUGUAUGUGCCAUUGGAAGUAUGUGAGGCAAUGCCCAAGAGAGCAAAGAAAGUAUCCCGUCUCGGAAUCUACUCCGAGGACGAAAGUGCUGGCAUCAAGGUGGUGAAUCUUGUUUCUGGCUUGGAGAGUGGCAGGCUGAUUGCUCGCGAUAUCGGUGGAUCUGAUCCGGAGAGAAUGGCCGCUCCGCUGGUGGCAGACUACGUGGAGCAGAACUUUCACGGAACGCCCGUCCAUGUCAACGUCAUCUCCGACCCAGCUGAGUUUGAAAAGCACUACCCGCUCUUUGCCGCUGUCAAUCGCUGUGCCAGUCAUAUCAAACGUCAUCAAGGCCGGAUUAUUGAGCUGGAGUACCUCGGAGAAGGUCCAACUGACCUCACGUUGCUUCUGGUUGGAAAGGGUGUAACGUAUGAUACCGGUGGUGCUGACAUCAAGGCCGGUGGUGUAAUGGCCGGUAUGCAUCGUGACAAGUGCGGUGCGGCUGCUGUUGCCGGCUUCUUUCAGAUCCUGGCUGCCCUGCGCCCACGGCGCGUGAAGGUCGUUGGUGCCAUGGCGUGUGUGCGUAACAGCGUUGGAGCUGAUUCCUACGUGGCUGAUGAGAUCAUCACGUCACGCGCUGGUGUGCGGGUGCGUGUCGGAAACACCGAUGCCGAAGGUCGAAUGGCGAUGACGGAUGCCCUGGCCCAGAUGAAAGAGCGGGCUCUUAAGGAGACUAAUCCUUUCCUGAUGUCUAUUGCCACUCUGACAGGCCACGCUGUCAAGGCUGUGGGAGCGGGCUACUCUAUUAUCCUGGACAACGGACCAGCAGCAGGCAAGCAUGUGUCUCAGACGAUGCAGAAUGCCGGAAAUCUGAUGGGCGAUCCCUUCGAAAUCUCGACUCUUCGCCGCGAGGACUAUGCAAUGGUGGCGGCGCCGUCCGAGUACGAGGACACGCUGCAGUGUAACAACCAGCCCUCGUCUCUGACUCCCAGGGGUCACCAGUUCCCCGCUGCGUUCAUGGCGGUUGCGUCCGGUUUGGACAAGCAUGGAAUCAACUCUGCACAUCCACUGCCCUACUCGCACCUCGACAUUGCUGGUUCGUCGGGACCUUUCCCAGGAAUUCCGAGCGGCAGUCCCAUAGUUGCCUUGGUAGCAAAGUUCCUGAUUGGUCGCUUCUGAGCACACCUUUACUUGGCACCAUGGCACUUACAACUAUUACCCUAUUUGGAACGAAGGCUACUUGUAUCUACCGAUGAUAUCUGAAUUUUCAAUUUCUGUCUACUUUCUAGUAUCUGGAUAGUACAGUGAGCUUUCAACCUUACUGUCCGUGUGUUCCUGGCCCUCUCCUAGCUGCUUGAAAUUCCCAUUUCUUGCUUACACAGCCUUUAUUAUUUUGUCAGCAGCUGGUUAUGCUGACUCAAAAUGCUGACUCAUUUUUCUAGCUCUGAUUUCUUUACUUUACAAGCUUUUUUAAGCAUUCUGGAACAAACUACAUGUAGAAUGUUGUGGACUGGUCCUUGCACUGCAAGAGUGCACAAACUCUCUACACUCACGGACAAGGAGAUGCUGACCAUGCAUUUUCAGGUUCAGGCAUGUUCACACUUUCUCAAAUACGGUUUGAUUAAAUGGACUCAACUUUCUUUCUUUUUUCUCAAGCCCAGGCAACGAAAAAUUAGGCGUUUUGAAUGA